GCCGCUGAGCCCUUCUCCCCGGUUGCCAGGGCGACGGGCCGGGAGCGCGGGGCGUGAGCUGCCCCCGGCGUCGGGCCGGAGACUGCGGCUGCCGUUGACCCACCAGGAGGCAGGACCCCAGGUUCCAGACACUAGCAAUGAUGUGUGAAGUGAUGCCCACGAUUAAUGAGGACACCCCAAUGAGCCAAAGGGGGUCCCAAAGCAGUGGCUCGGACUCAGACUCCCAUUUUGAGCAGCUGAUGGUGAAUAUGCUAGAUGAAAGGGACCGUCUUCUAGACACCCUUCGGGAGACCCAAGAAAGCCUCUCGCUUGCCCAGCAAAGACUGCAGGAUGUCAUCUACGACAGAGAUUCGCUCCAGCGACAGCUCAAUUCAGCCCUGCCACAGGAUAUCGAAUCCCUAACAGGAGGGCUGACUGGUUCUAAGGGGGCUGAUCCGCCGGAAUUUGCUGCACUGACAAAAGAAUUAAACGCCUGUAGGGAGCAACUUCUAGAAAAGGAAGAAGAAAUUUCUGAACUUAAAGCUGAAAGAAACAACACUAGACUGUUACUGGAGCACUUGGAAUGCCUCGUGUCACGACAUGAAAGGUCACUCAGAAUGACAGUGGUAAAACGGCAAGCCCAGUCCCCCUCAGGGGUAUCCAGUGAAGUUGAGGUUCUCAAGGCACUGAAAUCUUUGUUUGAACACCACAAGGCCUUGGAUGAAAAGGUAAGGGAGCGACUGAGGGUUUCUUUAGAAAGAGUCUCUGCACUGGAAGAAGAACUAGCUGCUGCUAAUCAGGAGAUUGUUGCCUUGCGUGAACAAAAUGUUCAUAUACAAAGAAAAAUUGCAUCAAGUGAGGGGUCCACAGAAUCGGAACAUCUUGAAGGGAUGGAUCCUGGUCAGAAAGUCCAUGAAAAGCGUUUGUCCAAUGGCUCUAUAGACUCAACUGAUGAAACGAGUCAAAUAGUCGAACUACAAGAAUUGCUUGAAAAGCAAAACUAUGAAAUGGCUCAAAUGAAAGAACGUUUAGCGGCCCUUUCUUCCCGAGUGGGCGAGGUGGAGCAGGAAGCAGAGACAGCAAGAAAGGAUCUCAUUAAAACAGAAGAAAUGAACACUAAAUAUCAAAGGGACAUUAGGGAGGCCAUGGCACAGAAGGAAGACAUGGAAGAAAGAAUCACAACUCUUGAGAAGCGUUACCUCAGUGCUCAGAGAGAAUCUACCUCCAUACAUGACAUGAAUGAUAAACUAGAAAAUGAGUUAGCAAAUAAAGAGGCCAUCCUACGGCAGAUGGAAGAGAAGAACAGACAGUUACAAGAGCGUCUUGAGCUGGCUGAGCAAAAGCUGCAGCAGACUAUGAGAAAAGCUGAGACCUUACCUGAAGUAGAGGCUGAACUGGCUCAGAGAAUUGCAGCCCUGACAAAGUCUGAUCCAACCUCUUCUACCUCAUCUGAUGAUUAUCAAUAUGUUAUGGAAGCUAAACUACAAGAAAUGAUCUCCAUACGUAGGAAGGCUGAAGAGAGACAUGGAAACAUUGAGGAACGUAUGAGACAUCUAGAAGGUCAACUUGAAGAGAAAAAUCAAGAACUUCAAAGAGCUAGGCAAAGAGAGAAAAUGAAUGAGGAACACAACAAAAGAUUAUCUGAUACUGUGGACAGACUUCUGACUGAAUCCAAUGAACGCUUACAACUACAUUUAAAGGAAAGAAUGGCCGCUCUAGAAGAGAAGAAUGUUUUAAUUCAAGAAUCAGAAACUUUCAGAAAGAAUCUAGAAGAAUCUUUACAUGAUAAGGAAAGAUUAGCAGAAGAAAUUGAAAAGCUGAGAUCCGAACUUGACCAAUUGAAAAUGAGAACUGGCUCUUUAAUUGAACCCACAAUAUCAAGAACUCAUCUAGACACCUCAGCUGAGUUGCGGUAUUCCGUUGGUUCCCUUGUGGACAGCCAGUCUGAUUACAGGACAACUAAAGUAAUAAGAAGACCCAGGAGAGGCCGCAUGGGUGUACGAAGAGAUGAGGCAAAGGUGAAAUCUCUUGGAGAUCAUGAGUGGAAUAGAACUCAGCAAAUUGGAGUGCUAAGCAGCCACCCUUUUGAAAGUGACACAGAAAUGUCUGAUAUUGAUGAUGAUGACAGAGAAACUAUUUUUAGUUCAAUGGAUCUUCUCUCCCCAAGUGGUCAUUCUGAUGCCCAGACUCUAGCCAUGAUGCUUCAGGAACAAUUAGAUGCCAUCAACAAAGAAAUCCGGCUAAUUCAGGAAGAAAAAGAAUCUACGGAGUUACGCGCUGAAGAAAUUGAGAAUAGAGUGGCUAGUGUGAGCCUGGAAGGCCUGAAUUUAGCAAGGGUCCACCCAGGUACCACCAUCACUGCCUCGGUUACAGCUUCUUCGCUGGCCAGUUCAUCUCCUCCGAGUGGACACUCAACGCCAAAGCUCACCCCUCGGAGUCCUGCCAGGGAAAUGGAUCGGAUGGGAGUCAUGACACUGCCAAGUGAUCUAAGGAAACAUCGGAGAAAGAUUGCAGUGGUGGAAGAAGAUGGUCGGGAGGAUAAAGCAACAAUUAAAUGUGAAACUUCUCCUCCCCCUACCCCUAGAGCCGUCAGGAUGACUCACACCCUUCCCUCCUCCUACCACAAUGAUGCCCGAAGUAGUUUGUCUGCCUCCCUUGAGCCAGAAAGCCUUGGGCUUGGCAGUGCCAAUAGCAGCCAAGACUCUCUUCACAAAGCCCCCAAGAAGAAGGGAAUCAAGUCUUCAAUAGGACGUCUGUUUGGUAAAAAAGAAAAAGCCCGACUUGGGCAGCUCCGAGGCUUCAUGGAGACAGAAGCUGCAGCUCAGGAGUCCCUGGGGUUAGGCAAACUUGGAACUCAAGCUGAGAAGGACAGAAGACUGAAGAAAAACACAUCUGGGCAUGAACUUCUAGAAGAAGCUCGGAGGAAGGGAUUACCUUUUGCUCAAUGGGAUGGGCCCACUGUGGUUGCAUGGCUGGAGCUCUGGCUGGGAAUGCCUGCUUGGUAUGUAGCAGCCUGUCGGGCCAACGUGAAAAGUGGUGCCAUCAUGUCUGCUUUAUCAGACACUGAGAUCCAGAGAGAAAUCGGAAUCAGCAAUCCCCUGCACCGCCUAAAGCUGCGACUAGCCAUCCAAGAGAUGGUUUCCCUGACGAGUCCUUCAGCUCCCCCGACGUCCCGAACUCCUUCAGGCAACGUUUGGGUGACCCAUGAAGAAAUGGAAAAUCUUGCAGCUCCAGCAAAAACGAAAGAAUCUGAGGAAGGAAGCUGGGCCCAGUGUCCGGUUUUUCUACAGACUCUGGCUUACGGAGAUAUGAACCACGAGUGGAUUGGAAAUGAAUGGCUUCCCAGCCUGGGGUUACCUCAAUACAGAAGUUAUUUUAUGGAAUGCUUGGUAGAUGCAAGAAUGUUAGAUCACUUAACAAAAAAAGAUCUCCGUGUCCAUUUAAAAAUGGUGGAUAGUUUCCAUCGAACAAGUUUACAAUAUGGAAUUAUGUGCUUAAAGAGGUUGAAUUAUGACAGAAAAGAACUAGAAAGAAGACGAGAAGCAAGCCAACAUGAAAUAAAAGAUGUGUUGGUGUGGAGCAAUGAUCGAGUUAUUCGCUGGAUACAAGCAAUUGGACUUCGAGAAUAUGCAAAUAAUAUUCUUGAAAGUGGUGUGCAUGGCUCACUUAUCGCCCUGGAUGAGAACUUUGACUACAGCAGCUUAGCUUUAUUACUACAGAUUCCAACACAGAACACCCAGGCAAGGCAGAUUCUUGAAAGGGAGUACAACAACCUCCUGGCUCUGGGAACUGAGCGGCGGCUGGAUGAAAGUGAUGACAAGAAUUUCAGGCGGGGGUCAACGUGGAGAAGACAGUUUCCUCCCCGUGAAGUACACGGAAUCAGCAUGAUGCCUGGGUCCUCAGAAACAUUACCGGCUGGAUUCAGGUUAACCACGACAUCUGGGCAGUCGAGGAAAAUGACAACGGAUGUUGCUUCAUCAAGACUGCAGAGGUUAGACAACUCCACUGUUCGCACAUACUCAUGUUGACAAGCCACUCAAAGGAGGCAGCACUGACUUGCUAUGUCGUCUUUUCCGUCUACUCUACCUAAAGUGCACUACCAUCUCAGAAGACGAACAGCGAAAAACCUUUGUGAAGACUGAAUUCUAAGGAAACAACCACAAGUAAUGGUUUAUUAAGCUGAAAAUGUGGUUUGGGGGGAGUCAGAUAUUAAGUUUGAUUAGUUUACUACAAUUGUAAGACAGUGCUUAAGUCAUUUGAAUAAUAAACAUCAUCCACAUCAUAAAUUCUGUACAACAGAUGCUUUUAUGAAAUGGAGCCACUUGUUUUUUCAUGUUUUAUUGUAAUAUACUAGGCAUUUAUGUAUUACUGUGUAUGUAUUUCUUUUUAAAUGUGUAAGUCUUAUGUAAAUGGAUAUAAAUAUGAUUUUUAAAAAAAUAAAAUAUAUGGUUCAUGGAGUCUCGAGUGCAAACAUUUGACAAUUCCAAGUACUGUUUGUAUUUUACCAUUCCACCAUUUUUACAGUUUUUGAAUUGUAACAGUCAAAUCGAUAUGUUUCUCCUUCAAGUCUGUCAAUACCUAAAGCUGAAAACCUGCCUCUGAUCAUGUAAAAAAGAAUGAUUUAACCUGGAACUGGAGCCAAAAAUAGUCCUUUAAAGGCAAUCAGGGAUGUCCUAUAUCUUUAGAAAUAGCACUGUGAUGGCUCGAUCUCCUUUUCAAUACAAAACAGAGCUAAACUGUUUACAAGAGUCAAAAGCAAUUAUUUAAAAAAAAAUUUCUAAGGAAUAAACAUUAUCUUCUCUUGUUACCUGUGGAUCAAGAAAAAAAGAAAAAAGAAAAAACUUCUUUACUAAGAACCACAUGUUCAUCAGAUACCUUGAACCGCCAGCCAGCACUGUUCAGUGCAUGUCAACCACUGCAGAGUCUGAGGCUCAUUUCCAUUGAAAAAACAACAACGACAACAACAACAAAAAAACCAACAAAACUCAGAAACCUUUCCCUUUUGUCAAUGUAACAGGGCAUUAGCCAGACUCAUGUCUAAUGUUAUAAGCUUCUAGCCAAGAUGGCCUUGCUGCGACUUCCCUGAAGUCAGUCUUAUCAGAGGAAAUAAAUGAAAGACAGAAUGAUUAACAUAUAUAGUGUAUAAAAGUAUAGAAGAGUAAUCUCUUCCCUGUGGCUUUAUUUGGUGGUGUUACUGUUGUUUAUUCUUUGUUUAUAUGGGAGAUUUCAAAGUAAAACCUAUUUAAUAAUACCAUUUAUCUAACUGCUGAUUUUCUGCUGCUUGAUCUUAUGAAGCGCAAGACCUGUCAUUAGUAAUUUCCUUUUUGUAUUUAAUUUGCUAUGUUUGCACGUACAUUACAUUUGUUUUGAUGUCUAUUUUUGUUUAACAGAUUCAGUCAAAAGGUAAUGGUAACAGAAACCCUCUCCAUUGUCAAUAAAAAAAAUACUUCCAGUUCUCUGUUUAA